CCAUUACUGUUAGCGUCAGAUAAAGUAGUGAACGACAAAAUACGUUUGUCAUCAAGAAUAGUGCAAAUUGUAGGAAACUGAUUUACCUUUAAUUCAAUCUCUUGUUUUGAGAAUUCAAAAUGAAAACAUACAGCAGGAAAAAAGCUAGCGAUAUCCAAGAGGAAGAAGUUAUUGUAGAUUUGAAUGAAUUAUGUAGACUGUGUAUGAACAAAGAGAAUGAAUUGGUGUCAAUUUUUGCUAAAGAUGAUCCAAUCCCUCUAACUCUGAGAAUUUUGUCUUGUGUUUCUUUGGAGAUUUUGGAAGGUGAUGGUCUUCCAAAUAAAAUAUGCCACCCAUGCAAAUUUCAGAUCUCAACAUUUUUCAAUUUUCGGAAAAAGUGUGAAAGUACAGAUUCCAAACUAAGACAUCUCGUUAAAGAUUUCAGUAAAGAAGAUGAUAAUGAAAUUGAAUAUGAAGAUGAAGAUCAGGAAAUGGAAGAAACAGUUCAAGAGCCAAAUGACCCAGAAACACCACAAUCUAAAUCUCAAUCUACCUCUGAAAAUUCUAAUGCAAAAGGAGAAGAUGAUUUAAUGGGAAUAGGUCAAGUGACCUAUAUCCAACCUCCUGAUGAAAAUGAUGAUCCUGAAAACAUAACUCUGCCUUCAGAAGUGGAAUUCAUCAACAAGAAUGCAUGUACAUUAGAAGGAUCAGAACAAAAGAAAGGUGUAGAAGAAGAUAAUACAGAAAAUAAUUCUAAUAUUUUCAUAAUUGAUAAUGAGAAUCAACAAGGAUUAGACGAUAAUAAUCUAGAUGCAAUUGCUGAUGCUGUUAAGGCCACUUUAGCAUCACAACCAGAAUUAAAACUAAGCGGACAAAUUCAACUGAAAGUGAAUAAUUCAGAAGGAAAGAGCACACAAGUUGAAAUAACCACUGAAGAUGGAUCUGUAAUUAUUAUGGAAUUGAUGACUGAAGAUGCUCCUGAAAUUAUUCCUCCAUCUAUUCCUGAAGAAAAGAAGAAUGAUGAUGGAGAAUUGGAAAUCUUUAAGUGUCCAAAUUGUCCAAAAUCAUUUUCCCGGAGAAUCCAAUUAAGACGACAUGAAUCUGUGCACAUGCAACAACGGGGAUUCAGUUGCGGAAUAUGUGAAAAGUGGUUCCCAACAAAAUCAGCACUUACACGCCACGAAAGGAUUCAUACAGGGGAGAGACCAUUCCAGUGUGAAGUUUGUCAAAAGAGUUUCGCACAAAAGGAAAUUUUAUUCAGGCAUCUUAUGACGCACACAGGGCAAAAACCCUAUAACUGUCCUCAUUGUCCCAAGGGUUUCACACAGAAGGAACCACUUCGAGUACAUUUACGUAGCCACGUUGUAACAGACGAGAGUGAUAUCCAACUGCAUUAUUGUUCCCUAUGUCCUAAAAUUUUCUGCCAUGCGUCUGGUUUGAGCCGGCAUCUCGUUACUCAUACUGGUAAAACUUUCAAGUGUCAAGAAUGCGAUAAGACCUUUACCGACAAAUCUUCUUUAAAGAGGCACCAUAGGCAAACUGGUCACAUGGGUUGAACAACAAAAUGGAAUACAAGAGUUUUAUUUAUUAAAUUUGGCAUCUUAAAUGUAUGUAACUGCAAACUUAUUUACAAAAUAUAAUAUUUUGUCUCUC